AGCACUGGGCUUGGACGUAAAUAGAAACGCGCGCCCGGCGUAGAGAGCACGAGAGCAUUUGCUGAUGAUCAUUAAUGAUCAUUGUUUCAGUGAAUGUUGCCAUGCUUUGACGGCACUAUCGUGAUUACCAGUGAUACAAUUCCGUAACUUUGCUGAAGGAAACUUGAAGAACAGCCGCGCCGUCCCCGAUACGUCGUCGACAUUGGUGAACCUGGCGCAUCAGCCUUCCAUGUGCACUUCUGGUGAGCUGCCACAUGCACUGAUGCAUAAACAUGAGCAGAGUAGCCAUGGCUCCGCCGCAACUGGAUGCACCUACCAGCUCCAUGCCGCCUGGCAUGAGUGCACAUGGAGAACUUUUUGCUGAGACGGAGGACUUGGGCUUAGUGCCUGAGGCUACAGCACCACUGCGCACUUCUUCCAGGACCAGCCAGCCUUGCAGGCCUGUGGACGGGGAACUGAUCGCAGAGUUGGAGGGCUUAAGAUUAGUGUCUGAGGUUAGAGCGCCGCCACUUGCCUCUGCUACAACUAGCAAGCCUAAAAGGACUGUGGACAGCACAGUUGCUGGAAAGCGGGAUACUUCACAGACUGCUUCUGCCAGUUCCCACCAGCCUGGUGCCAUUGUGGACAACAGAGAUGAUACUGAGUCGGAAGACACAGACACAACGCCCUCAGGCCCGCCGCCUGGACCCUCUGCUCCAGGCAAUGGCAAGCCUCCUGAUAAGCAACAUUUUCUGAGUUCUGAGGCCAAAGACAAGCUCAAGACCGCAGGCAUUGUGGCUGGAGUAGCAGUUGGUCUAGGCGCUGCCGCUGUGCUGGCAGCGCCCGUUGCCUUGGCUGCUGCUGGGUUCUCAUCGACUGGAGUUGUAGCGGGCUCGACGGCUGCUGCGUACCAAGCAACGCUAGGGGGUUACAUUGCGCAAGGGAGCGCGUUUGCCCUGUGCCAAAGCUGGGGAGCCGCAGGGCUGACGGCCACUGCACAAGCCGGGGUUGCAGCGGGAGGUGCCAGCGUCGGUGCUGUGGCAUCUUCUGUGGGGUUAUGGUGGAAACGCAAACUAGGAAAAGAUCCGGGAAAUAAUACUGACGGAGGAAGUGGCGGAGGAAGUGAGACAGGAACUGGAGCAGAAACCGGAAACGUUGCUAACGGAAAAGGCGCUGGCGGGUCUGGAGAAGGAGGUGAACUAGGAAAUAGAAAAGACACUUGUGGAGAGAAUGACAGGGCAUCUGGAAGUAGAAAGGUGAAAUCAACCGAUAGGGAGCCAGGAGGAAAAACAGAGGGGCAGGAGACCUGUCAAAAUGAGCAAAAUGAGCAGGCAGCUAAAAAACAAGAGGCAUUUCGAAAAUAACAUCUCCAUUUUAGAGUGCAGCAAAGAUCUGAUACUUUUGUCGCUGCGUAAACCUCAUUUAAUCUCUUACUAAUGCAAUUCGUUCAAAAUAAGGUUUUCUUGCCGUCACAUGGGGAAACUUAGCGAAAUAAAUUGAAAACAUUUUCUCAGAAGUAAACUCAUUCUUUCAGCAUUUAAUACCAAAUUUAUAGUCUCUACACGAGGGGUCUGCUGAUUGCAUUCCUUAUUAAUCAUGCUUCUCUAAUGCUAUAAAUUAAAAUAAUAAUCUCCGUCUGACCUUUAAUAAGUGCCAGCUACAUGACAUUCUCAGGAGCAUCACAGUGCAAUGCAUCACAUCACAUCACAGUUGCAAAACAUAUCUUCUUGACUCAAUGGCUAGAUGGCCAUAUCAGCCAUGUUUAUAGUUGCGACGAUACCAGUUCAUAGUUUGUCUUCAUAUGGUUUUGGAAACGUUCCUGUUCUGGAAUUUGAAAUUAACUGUUUUCUUGCAGUGUUGGUCUCACAGGCAUAUAAGAGCAGGAAUGAACGGUAACUACCUUUUUCUUCUAAGAUGAAUAAUCUCUCAAGCAUUUUGCAUCAACCAUGUUACCUGGCCUUUGAAUGUUUGGCAUGACUUGUUUCAACUCCUGUUGCAUACAGUUUGAAAAAAUUGUCUGAACCGGCAGAGCACACAUUUCAAAAAAUUUAUUGAUUGCAAACAUGCAGGAUUAUUGCAUUAUUCGAAAUAACUUUGCAAUUGCAAAAUAAUGCUUGAGUGCCAAAAGCUCGUAUAACGCCAUUUUCGUCUCUUUUCUGACAACAGUAAUUAUUUUCAAAUGAUAUUAGUUUUGCACUGUGACAGCGUACAAGAGUACUGACAUUAAGCUCCGCAAACGCCAUUUGUUGGAAAUGACAAUAUAUUUGCCACAUGGCAAGUAUUUCACGGCAUGUGUUUUAAAAGUCCCUAACAAUGCUUGUGCGCUUUUCCAGCACUGUCAAUAUAAUUACAUAGCAAUGUAGGUGGACCAAUAAUGGUGAUUGCACGCAAGACUGCAUUAUUGUUAUGAAGGGAGUUUGUUUUUUUCUGAGGUAAUUCAUUAGCGUCCUAAAGAUAUGGAAGCCCAGAGGCAGCUAAGGAGGAGUAGUACUUUCGGAUCGUCACUUUUGCGGAUGUGAUUAUUUUUGUGAGAUUUCACAUGACUUGGUAUUGAACUUUUUGAAAGCAUUACAGGCACUUUGUGAAGGUAACAAGCUAGCCUAAGAGCUAGAAAGGCUCUCGGUCACAUAUUUCAGCACGUCCAUUGCUGAAUCGCACGACAUCUCGUGAAAGGAUUGGUUUAAGGGGCCCUGAACCACCCUUCAGGAUUCGUGAAUUAACGCAUUCCGCAGAUAGCAUGCACUGUUGUGACCAUCUCAGCGAAAUUUCGCAGUCGUGCGUGGCACAUGAAGUUUGCAAGUGGAACGUGAAACCACAAAUGGGAUGGGUUUUCGUCGUGUGACAGUUUACAGAGAUACUUGAAAAAUUGAAAAACAUUGACUCAUGUGGUUGCUAGCACUGUCCUCAAGUUUCAAAAGUGCGUAGGUUGUCCAAAACCUGCAACACCAUUUUCUUGCCACUUGCGCGGGAUGUGCCAAUCCUCAUCUAGGCCGUUUGUGCCAGGCUUGCAUGUGUGGUGAGGAAGUUGAUCGUUACUAACAUGAAAAUUUGGGAAUGUCAGCUAGCUGUCCAGUAGGGCAUAAGCCACCUCUCACAUUUGUGCUUUGUGUGGCUCGCACGAGAGGAGCGACAGAUAAGGGUGCCUAGGUUUCCUGCAUUGCAGAAACAUUUUUAAAUGCCUUCCUUUUGAUUUCAUUCACAGUUGACCAUUUUCUGUGAUAACGCCGUGUUUUUUGUAGUGGCACUAAAGCUGAACGACAAUGUAAUCUAGAUUGAGAAAUCACUUCUGUCGUACAUCAUGAAAUUUGCACCGUGGUGGCUUGGGUUUAAAUAGCUUACUGGUAACAAGGAAGAAAAAGCAUUUCGUCUGCUUGUAUGCAUAAAUUAAAAGUGCAUGCUUACUUAUACUAUGUCUAUUUCUGGCUCUCAUGAAUUUGUAAUUUCUGCCAUACAUUUGUAGAGUGCUUGUUGUUUUAGUAGGACUUUUUCUUUCUGUGUAAGCAGGUGGUGGGACGAAGCAGCCUAUGGCUUCUUGUUCUCAUGUUUACUUACAAUGGCCAGUUUAUACAUUUCGUGCGACUUGUUCUUGCUGCUUAAUUAUGCCAUCGGUAACAAAAAUUGUGGUUCUUGUUCUCUUGCCACACAUCUGACAUUGUGGAUAGUCAGAGGGGCAAUUUUGUCUGAUUUCAAGUUGCUUUUGUUAUUGCAUGCUCUGUAUUUAUUUAUUUUUCUAUUGUAAUAAGAGGGAACAGGGUGUAACUCGGCAGCAUGAUACUCUGUGGUUUGAAAUAAAGGUAUGGAAGUGGUG